AUUCACGUUAGGAUGGUAGCACGUUAUGUUGUAGAGUCGGUAUAAAGUUUCGAAUUUUGACCCCCGUCGGUUACUUAAUAUUUCAGUUGUUAUCAUACAUUUAUAGAAGCUUAUCUCGCUGUAUAUGAAAUUUGAGUGUAUACAGACUGCAUUAAAGAUGGCAGUUCUCAUAGCAUCGCACAUUUGUAUGAUAAUUUCAGCCGUGUUUAUAGCAGACAUUGGUGGAUUUGUCGCAGAUUCACAAACACACACAACAGGUUGUCGAGAUAACUGGGUCGCAUAUGAUGGAUCAUGUUACUUGUUUGUACAUCAUAAUUACAGCUUUACAGAAGCCGCCCAUUUUUGCCAGAUUCAUGAGUCACACCUAGUUCAUGUCGAUUCUGCCUUAGAGAAUGCAUUUAUCAAAGACCGUGUCAGGUAUAUUAUAGGUCCACUUGAAAGAUGGUGGAUUGGACUAACUGAUGAAAUUGUCGAAGGUGACUGGAGAUGGUUAGACACUGACAUAAAGCCCGCAUACACAGAUUGGAAUCCAGGAGAACCAAAUAACUCCGGUGGUGAAAACUGCGGAGUACUACAGGUUACUGCCUGGAACGACGUCCCAUGCUCGCAGUCUUACCGACCAAUAUGCGAGAAAAGGGGAGAGAACGUUGAAAACGAAAUUUUGGGAUAAAGCUACUAGACUCAUACGGAAGAUGUUCUGAACGUCUUGGGGAAAAUUACAACGUUUACAUGCUAUAUUACUUUAUAUUAAUUCAAUGCAACCUCCUUUCAUUCUUAAUUUGGGUAGCUUGAAAUCAUCUUACCGCGUCAAUACGUCAAUUUAUAUGUUACGUUUAUUGCAAUAUAUACGAUACCGGUA